AUGACUAAUGAUUACUUGUGCAAGAAUUUUAUUCUCAAUGCACUAAGUGAUGAUCUCUAUGAUUACUACAAUGAUGGAAAAAUUGCAAAGGAAACUUGGGAGGCGCUGCAAAAGAAAUAUGAUACCAAGGAGGCGGGGACUAAAAAGUAUGCAGUCAGCCGCUACCUCAAAUAUCAAAUGAGUGAUGAAAAAUCUGUCGAGGCGCAAUCCCAUGAAUUGCAGAAAAUAGCUCAUGAGAUCAUUUCCGAAAGUAUGGUUCUUGAUGAACAGUUUCAAGUUGCUGUUUUAAUUGACAAAUUACCUCCUUCGUGGAGGGACUUUAAGAAUUCUUUCAGGCACAAAACAAAAGAGUUCUCGCUGGAAAAUUUGAUCACUCAUCUUCGGAUUGAGGAAGAGGCGAGAAAACAUGAUCUAAAAGAUGAAGUGUUGGUUGUUUCUAACAACACAAGAAAGUUUAGUUCGAUGAGUCUGAAGCCUAAUGGCAAGAAUUUUAAGAAUCAGAAUCGCAAUUCGAACCUAAACCAAAAUGUGAAUCGCAAUAAAGCGAACCAGAAUGAUAAUCCUUCUAGGAACCAUAUUGUGAAACAUGCACCACCUAUUAAGAAUGACCUGCCACCAUUUCUAUGCUUUAACUGUGGAAAACCGGGUCAUAUGGCAGACUGA